CCUCAAAUACAGCAGCCUCAAGUGCUGCAGCCCCAAGUGCAACAACCUCAAGUACAGCAGCCUCAAGUGCUGCAGCCUCAAGUGCUGCAGCCCCAAGUGCUGCAGCCCCAAGUACAACAACCUCAAGUACAGCAGCCUCAGCAGCCUCAAGUACAACAGCCCCAGCAGCCUCAAGUGCUACAGCCUCAAGUACAGCAACCCCAAGUACAACAGCCUCAGCAGCCUCAGCAGCCUCAGGUGCAGCAGCCCCAAGUGCAGCAGCCCCAGGUACAGCAGCCUCAAGUACAACCUCCUGUGCACAAUCCUGCUGGGCCUGUCAUUUGUCACAGGCCUUAUCCGUGGCCAAUGCCGAUUGCCGAGGGGGCGCCGGGCACUGGGUACUUGUCGGACUCCGGUGAGUCAGAAGAAAACUCCGAUGAGUCCCCCACAGAGAGACCCGAUCCGAGGGAUGCUUGGAGGGGACUAGUGAAGCCGACAAGGUUUAAUGCUCAUGACAAGUGCGAAACAUGCAUCAGGCGUUGUAAGGGGAGACACAAUUGUGACAUGGAACCGGGCGCCAACCGGGGCUGUUCCGAGUGUAGCCUAUGGGGCCUCUUUUGUGUAUUCCAGGGCAGAGCAUUGGCUCCGCGCCCGCUAAGUGGUCAAGAAAAGAUAAUGCGCGUGGGCGAGUGUGACCACUGCAGGCACUAUCUUCGCAGAUGCGAUAGAAAGCGACCAUGCGAUUCCUGUGUUCUACACAACGAAGCGGUAUGCCCGGGUCCAAACCAGCAUAAUUGUUUCUGGCGCGGCGCCCCUGGCGACAAUCUGCCUCUUUAUUAUCACAGGUUGAGAUAUAAUGACGAGGGCGUGAACUCUGACUGGCCCAUAUUAGCACCCAUACGCCUGAUACCGCACGACUAUCAUCUCUCAUGGCUGCCGCUUCUGGAAGGACAAGACCCUGCAAGGCUGCCGUUCCCAGGGAAAAUGCCCGAGCAUCAUGUCGAACCUCCAAUCCCCCCUCUGCCACAACCCUUAGUCCCCUCGCAAGUCGCACCGCUCCAGAACCUUGCCAAGGAUGGUUAUAUCCCAUCACUUCCCCCACCGAUUCCGCUUCCUCAGGUCCCGAUUGUUGAUACUCUGUGGAUUGGUUCCAAUUUCGACCCCGCGAAUUAUGCCAAGAAUCAGAAGGAUGACUAUGAGAAGAUGUGGGACAACACGAAGUUGCUAGUCACGGAAGGUCAUCAGAUCAUCGUAACGGAGAAUAUCAGACAUUAUCUUGUCCAGGAGGUGAUAAACCAGAGCCCACCCGACGCCUCAGUGCUGCUCCGAGACGUCAGAGACUUCCUCCUCGAGCGCUGGGGGUUUGCGACGCAACAGUACACACCGGCACUAACCGUCGCCCUCCCAGCCGACGCCAUCGCAAACCCGGGUGCGGUCGAGCAGCUCAGCCCCGGGAAUCCGCCGGUGCAGAACGUGACGUUGGCACCCUCGACGCGUCCCCCAUCGCCGGGUCCUCCGCAUCCAACGCAUGGCAACGACGACGGCUCCUCGAUCAACAUGGAUCUCUUCAUCGACUCGUUCCAACCGGACCACCCCUUCUACCCGAACGUGAGAAGGCUUAUCCGGCCUAUCCUGAACCAUCCGCAGCCCAGGCCUGUGCUCGCCAACAUCCCAGCGCAGCGGUUCUUCCCGAACGGGCGCCUGACGCAGCAUUGGAGCAUGACGUGUCAAGUAUCCAAGAACGGGCAACCCUGCGGCAACCAGGCGGCGGCGAGCUGCGAGGACACGACGCAUCCGCAUGGCGGGUUCCCGAUCUGCGAGCAGUGCGAGCAGGAGAGCCGGAACCGGUUCUUCCCGUUUCUCCUGGGGUCGGUGGCGAACCUGCGUGCGUACUGCUGCGCGGCGUGCUGCCACGACAUUGUGAACAGCCCGCACCUGUUAGCGGGGAGCGGCUUGCGCAUCUGGGGGAUGCCGUCGGGGUACCAUGGCGUGGUGCCCAGCCAGUGGCCGCCGGUUGCUCCGUUCAACACGGUCGGUGGGUUUGCUGGCGACGCGCUUGGGAUGACGGGGUGCUCGUGCGCGACGAAACUGUUGAAUCGGUACCUUUGCACUCCGCAUCGCCUGCAGCAUGUGAUUAAUCUGCGGCUAGGAGUAGAGAAUGUUGAUGCGUAUGCGGGGAGCGUGUACGGCACCACGGUCAUCUGCCCGGCAUGUCAUAAGAACCCUAGUGUUCAAGCCUUCGAUUUCCAGGGGCCGGAGGGGGGCGAGAAUAUGCCUAUUGCGUGGCAGUGUAAGGCGUGUCACGAUCUGGUUGUGGCGGCUCCCGGCACGGGGUUGAAUCCGAUCAAAGAUGGGCCUGGUGGCGAGGUGAUGCUUGCGGACCCAAACAUUCCUCGGUUUAGUGUAUUUUGCGGCGGGGGUAUUAUGCCAGGCUACGGCAACGCUGGUAGCCCCGAUCAAAUCACUCCUUCCGGAGGAUCGGGGGAUAGUAGCGGUGGUAGCGGUGGUAGCGACGCUAGCGGUAGCGGCAAUGGCAGCGGCAAUGACAGCGGCAGCGGCAGCGGCAACGGCAGCAGCAGCGGCGGCGACGGCAGCAACGGCAGCAACGGCAGCAACGGCGGCAGCGGCGGAAACGGCGGAAGCAGCGGCGGCGACGGCGACGGCUAUGGUAAUAACGGUGGUAUACCCAGCGGUAGUAUCUACAGCCCUAGCAGCGGUGGUAGCGACAGUGCCGCCGGUGAUAAUGCCACCGGUGGUAGCCCUAGUAAUCAGAGUGCCAGCGAUGGUAGCGGCGGCGGCAGCGGUGGUGUGCAAGCUGGGCCUGGAAACCAAAACUCACCUGCACCUUUCGUAUCACCGACGAACCCUCAGCCCCCCCAGGGAAAUUCGCCGGGAAGCCAACAGUCUGGAAACUCACCGCAAUCUUUUAGUGCGGUAAACCUCGGGAUAAAUGAGCUUUUAAGCCCGUCGAACAAUUAUGAUCCGUCCCUCGAGCUAAGUGACUUUUUCAAUGCGCUACAACAAGAAUUCGAUCCAUAUUUCGAUCCAAACGCCAACGUCGGACAAUAGGAAUAAGCGAGCCCUCCCUUUGUUAUUUAAGUAGGUACCUAGGCGAACGGUAAGUUUUAUAGGGGUUCCCCCUUUAAAUCAUAAGUAAGUUAGUAGUCCAGAUGACCUGAGUAUACCUGCUUGUUAUACUACUAAGUAUUUCAUCAUUGUAAGUAUAGAUCCCUGCAGUAUAUAUCUCAAACGAAAGAGUUAAGUUAUUAUAAUAAUAGAUUGAAUGAGAUAAGACUUUGAACCCUCAAAUAUUAAGCAAGUCUUGAAUAGAAAUUUGAUUACCCCUGAAGAGUUUUCGUGAGUUGUAUUUGUAUCCAUGCUUUAUUUACCUGUAUGCCCAGGUGUUAAAUGAUCAAUCUUUAAAUGCUGACUAUUGCAGUGAGAUCCUCCGACUCAUUCUUGGAACUUGACUGGCCUAGACUUAAAGAACUAAAGCUGUGUACUUGCUGAUCUAAGAAGAAUGGAAGUCGU